AUGAGAACAAACACUAAGACACCUCUCCCAGACAGGCCACCAGCAACAUUCAGAGGCCUCCAGGGCCCUCUCCUGGAUAAACCAAUCUCACUGCCCCCCGCCAUUAAGGCGGAAAAGAGGGGUUCCUCUGUCUGGAGUGCUCAAGAGCAAAGGCCAAGCCCCUCGUUACCCAGCUUAGAGCUCCAACCACAUGUGGGGUCCAGCCAUGCAGCAACCAUUCAGAAGCCUCUAAGGAUUGUCUACAGCACCUUGGACACACCCCACAGCCUUGAGAGCCUCAAGAAGAGCACACAGCACCUCAAGUCAGAAACAUGCAGUAUCUCCACCCUGUCGAGCAGCGGCUACGCAGCCGAUGAGGAGAGCAGCAAGGCCAGCCUGGUGAACAGCAAGCGCACGGUGAGGCUGACGAAGCGGCUCAUCACUCAGGUGGACAGCACCCAGAGCAGUGAGCUGCUCCUCCCCUCCUCACCCAGGGCGUUAAAGAUCCGAAGGCGGAACAGUGGAGGCCAGGGCAGCAGCUUCCUGUCCUACCAGGUGAGCAGUGUCCUUCUCAGCUCCACCAGCAGCAGGACCUCCCGCAAGGCCAACAGCAGCCAUAGCAUUGGGGUAGACUGCAGUGAGCAGGGCAAGCCAAGAAGCAACAACAAUCUCCCAGAAGGCAAGGCCAAGGACACUGUGGAAAGUGGCAGCCAGCCCACCCAGGCUGAGGAGCCCACCCAGAAGCCCAGGCCUUUAUGA